UGGUUGUGAUUAUGAGGACAUUGAAGACACUCAGAAGCAAUUACCCACAAACCCCUCUGAUUCUUCUAACACUGUUUAUGCCACUGCUCAAUUACCCACAAACCCCUCUGAUUCUCCAAACUGUGUUUACUCUACAGUUCAUGAAGCCACUGGUGACUCUCAGAUCUUGAUCUCAUCUGCUGAUGAUCUGAAUUACACUGUGGUGAAUUUCGAGAAGAAAGCAGACUGUCCUGACAGUGUCAGUUUGAGGAAUAAUCAGGAUUACAGUGAAUACGCUGCUGUCAAUCAUCGCACUGCCUGACGAGCCACAGCAGAGAAUCUCAAUGAGCUGAAUGCUUUGUUUUAAGGAAGUGGGCGUCUCUGUCUCAUUCAGCAGUUCAUGUUAAACAUGUAACCAGGAAAGAAACACUCAGAGCUCAUCUGAACACACAUCGAGAGCUUCAGAAGAACUGAAUCUACUAACAACAGAGAAGAUCAUUGAAUAAGAGAAGAAUGAAGAUCAUCUGGACUUUCACUCUGCUGAUGAUUCCUGGUGUUGUGAGCUCCAUCAGUGUGACAGGAUAUUCAGGAGGAGGAGUCAUCAUCACAUGCAGAUAUUAUGAAGGAUAUACAGCAAAUGCAAAGUAUUUUUGUAGAGGACAGUGGUCAGAGUGCAUCGACGAAAUCAGGACUAAUACUAAAAACAAAUGGGUUCAUUCUGGAAGAUUCUCCGUGUAUGACGACACAAGUGCAGCAGUUUUCACUGUGACCAUCAGAGAUCUGAGUGAACAGGAUUCUGACACAUACUACUGUGGAACUGAUAUUUCUGCAAAAGUAGAUUCCUACACUGAAGUGAAUCUGAACAUUAUAACAGAUGAAAAAAUCAGGACACUGACAGGAUAUUCAGGAGGAAACGUCAUUAUAAACUACAAACAUAAGAUACUAGAAGAGAAUCCUUCUAUAGACAUCUGUAAGACGUCUGCAGAUCAAUGCUUUACUCUAAUAAACACUGACAGAGCAGCAGAAUGGAAACAUGACGGCCGAUUCUCUGUUCAUGAUGACAGAUCUGCUCGUCUCUUACGUGUGUUUAUCAGAGACCUGAACGUGAACGAUUCUGGAAAAUAUUAUAUUAUAGUCAAAGUUUCUGAAGACUAUAGUUUCUUCUCUGAGUUUAAUCUGGACAUCAGAGACACUGAUUGUUGUGAGAAGAGCAUCAGUCUAUCAGCUGCUGCAGGAGGAUCUGUGAACAUCAGCUGCAAAUACCCACAAUCCCACAGUGCUGAUGUCAAGUUUGUCUGCAGGAGAUCUGGAUCUGAUCUCUGUGCUGAAGAGACGUCUGUGAAGGAGAACAGAAGAUGGAGCGCUGAGGGACAGAUCCAGCUGUAUGAUGACAGAGAGCAGCAGCUCCUGACGGGAACCAUCAGUCAUGUGACUCAACAACAUUCAGCUGAAUACUGGUGUGGAGUUCAGUCUGAUCAAGGACACAAGAGCUUCAUCACACGAGUCCUCAUCAACGUUACUGGUACGGAUGAUUUUCUCACUGAUAUUGAUCAGAAUGUAAUUAAAAGCACAGCUAGCUUCCAUUCAGCAGAUCACAGUGUAUCUUAUAUUUCAAAAACAACUUUAUCACCAACAUCAUCAUCAUCAUCAUCAUCAUCUUCAUCAUCAGUCAGAAGUUCACUGAUCACAGAAGUUUCCAAAUCAACCCCAUCUAGUGUCACACCAGCAGGCUCGUCUCUGAUCAUUCCUCUAGUUCUGGUUCCUCUGGCUCUGAUCAUCACUGGUCUCUUAUUACUGUUUCUCUUUAAGAAGCAUCAGUCUCGAGGCGGUGGUUUGUCAUCUGAGGCUGGAGCAGGAAAACAUGAUAUGGUUUCUGACGCUGGAUGUGAUUGAGGACAUCGAAGACACUCAGAAGCAAUUACCCACAAACCCCUCUGAUUCAUCUAACACUGGCCAUUUCUCCAUACCAAGUACGCAAAGUUUGGACUUCGCAAGUUUGACUCGGGAGUACAAACUUCCGAGGAUGGGCAAGUCCUGUAAUUCUUCAAAUGGAACAGCAGCGUACUUGAUAACGUCAGUCAGCUCGCCUUUUCUACUCCGGCUGUCUUCACUGUAUGUAUUUACAAGAUGAAAUAUGAUAUCAACCACCACUGCCUCUUUUCGUUUUCAUUUAAACAUAUUAAUAGCUGCACAAAUGUAGUUCAGAGAAUGUACAUAACAUUACAGUGAAACGAAAUAUUAUA